GCUGUAGCGGGCUAUGAUAACAAUGGAGAUAAGAACGAUCAACAGUAAGGUUUGUUUACAAUUUGAACGACAUAUUCUGUACAACAAUAUCGUCUGUCGUCUGAUUCGUAUUGAUUAGAACAAUGGCCACAACAAUUGGUAAACAAUAUACUUGCAACACCAUAUCAUUUAAAUUAUUUUGUCGUUUUUGUGAAGACAUUUGUAAUGCUAAAUAUGAAAAAAAAAUUUCCAUGUUAAAAAAAUUCAUCGAAAAAUACCGAGGGAAAAUUGAGGAAAGUGAUGAUAUUAACAUAGAGGAUACAUUUUACCCAAUACUUCGGUUAUUAUUGCCGACAUCAGACAAAAAGAGGGGACCAUAUGGGGUUAAAGAAAAAGCACUAGGAAAAUUAUAUGUAAAAAUAUUAGGUCUAUCAAAAGAAAGUCCAGAUGGUCAAAAGCUUUUGAAUUAUAGAGUCCCAACGGUUGCUGGUUCUAUAGCCGGAGAUUUUGCUGAAAUAAUUUACUGGGUUAUCAGAAGUCGUUUUGAAGAGGAUGGUUCAAUGACUAUUGCUGAUGUUAAUCAGUUAUUAGACGAAAUAGCUUUAAAACAUUCUACCAAUGAAUCAAAACUUGAACAAACACUACAGUUAAUGCUGUUAAAGUUUAGUGCUAUUGAGCAGAAAUGGUUGAUAAGACUGUUGUUAAAAAAUAUGAAUUUGGGUUUAGCUCAUACAAAAAUAUUAAAUACAUAUCAUCGUGAUGCCAAUGAAUUAUAUGAUGUUUGCAAUGAUUUGACAAAAGUCUGUAGAAUGCUGAACAAUCCAACAGUUGUAUUACACGAAAUUUCAAUUAAUUUAUUUGAACCAUUUAGUCCAAUGUUAAGUCAACGUUGUGAAAUAACUAAUGUCAAUCAAAUAAUUAAAUCAGAAGGUAAUGUGUAUUUUGUUGAUGAAAAAUUGGAUGGUGAACGAUUCCAACUUCAUUGGGAUAGAAAUAAAAACCAAUUUAAAUAUUUUUCCAGAAGGGGCAAUGAUUAUACAGAUGUGUAUGGAUAUAACAAUCUUAAUGGUAUUCUGAGUCCAAUAUUAGCAAAACAAUUUAGGUCUGCUGUAAAGAAUUGCAUUCUAGAUGCUGAAUUGAUGUGUUACAACACAAAUUACAAAUCUUUUUCUACAAAAGCCAUGAAUAUUGAUGUCAAAACUCUUAGAAUCGGAUGUAUUAAUCAACCAUGUUUUUGUGUGUUUGAUAUACUUUUUUAUAAUGAUAAAGUUUUAACCAAUCAACCGUUGGAAAAGAGAAUAGAAAUUUUAAAUACAGUAUUUGAACCUUUAGAAGGAAUAUUUGUUCAUGUUACAAGACACAAGUCCGAAAAAAAUGAAAUUAUAAAAUAUCUUGACAAAGCGAUUGAUAAUAAUGAAGAAGGAAUUGUUGUCAAAGACUUAUUAUCGAUUUAUAAACCAAAUUCACGAACUGCAGGAUGGUAUAAAAUUAAACCAGAAUAUACUGAAGGUGCUAUGAUUGAGUUAGAUCUUUUAAUUAUUGGAGGAUAUUAUGGAGAAGGUAAAAGAAGAAAUAUUGUGAGUCAUUUUCUUGUGAGUCUUUUAGAGAAAGAUGGUGAAUCAUUAACAUUUACUGCUAUUAGUAAAGUCAGUUCUGGAUUUUCUAUUGAAGAACUUGCUGAAUUAUCAAAAAAAUUAUCACCUCACUGGAAAAGAGUAAAACCUGGAGUUAUUUUGCCAUCAAACAUUGAGUGGGGUAAAAAUAAGCCGGAUCUUUGGAUUGAACCUGAAUCAUCAAUUAUUUUGCAGAUUAAAGCAACAGAGAUUACAACUAGUAAUGCCUUUAAAAAUAAAAUAACAUUAAGAUUUCCCAGAAUUGAAAAAAUACGUUAUGACAAACCAUGGCAUGAUUGUCUUACAGUUGAAGAAUUUCAAUCUAUAAUAAAGACCACCGAGGGGAAGCUGUAUACUGCAAAUUCUCCAAGUAAAAUUCAAAAAGCUCGUAUAACACCCACUGUUGAUAUAAAAUAUCAAACACCCAACUUAAGUGAUGUUAAUCGCAUCAAUAAUAUGUUUGAAGACAAAGAAUUCUGUGUUCUCAAUGACUGUGAAACAAUGAGUAAAAGUGAAAUUGAAAAGAAAAUUUAUGAAUAUGGAGGUAGAAUUGUACAAAAUCCAGGUGUUGAUACAUUCUGUGUACUAGCAAAUAAUAUCAAACAUAUAAGGGCGCACGCUAUAAAAUUAUCUGGUAAACAUAGUAUAAUAAAUACUAAGUGGAUACUCUCAUGUUUCACGGACAAUGAAUUCCUUAAUUGGGUUCCUGAGAACAUCUUAUUUUUAUCCAAGGAACACCAACUAUUAAUGGAUGAAAAUUUUGAUCAGUAUGGAGACAGCUAUUCAGAAAUGGCAACUAUUGAUAGCUUACGCUGUGCCAUGAAUCAAGUAGAACUUGAUGAUGAUUUAGUUAACUCAGAAAUUGACCCUUUUUUGGAAUUUCAAAAAGAACUUUUUAAUGGAGAACAAUGUUUCAAAGUUUUUGAAAAGUGUCAAGUCUAUUUUGAUCAUUUAAAUCUUGACAACUUACCUGUCAGAAAUUUCCAUUUAAACACAGUUUUAGAAAUGUUGAUAUUCAAGUUGAAUGGAGGUACAGUUUGUAAAAAUAUUGAUAACAACACUACUCAUGUGGUAAUUCAUUCAAGUUGUCAAAAUAACAUUUGUAUAUAUGAGUCUAUGAAUAAAGACCGAAAAAAAGUCUUUGAGAUUGUUGAUGAGAAUUGGAUAAUGCAACAAAUAAAAUGGUAAAAACAAAAAGAGAAAAAAAAUGUAAUUUGUGAUAUUUAAUUUUCUUAUUCCAAUUAUUGUGCACAACUCACUAUAUAAACUACUAAAUUUAUAAUAUAUUAUGUAUACUAUGAUAAAAACUUUUUUUUGUUAAUUACAUACUUAUUUUUCACUCAAACUUAGUAUUAUAAAUAAAAAUAAAAAAAAUCUUUCUUAAAACAUAAAUAGUCUACUUUACUAGCCACUCCGUUUCAGUCUGUUGAAACAAAACAGCCUUAAUAAAUACAUAAUUAUAAUUUUAUCUACUGUUAAAAUAUUAAUUUUUA